AUGGAGAAGAAGAGCAUUCAUGACAUCCUCCCUCUUGAGUUGAUUCACAGAAUCUUACUAAGAGUGCCGGCCAGCCAUCUCUUUCGCCUCAGGCUUCCCGACAGUGCCCGUCUGUAUGGAUUUGGAUAUGAUGCAUCCCGGGAUGAUUACUUAGUUGUUGCAGCUUGGAGCGAGCGGCAAAGACAAGAUCACUUGGAUUGCUUGUCCUUGAGAACCAAUUCCUGGAUUCAUCUUGAUGCUGCACUCCCCAAACCCUUGCAUGUUUUUCAGCGCACGUCCGCUGGGUUAUUCUUGAAUGGUGCUAUUCAUUGGGUGCCUUUGCCUAUUAAAGAUCACAGGGAUGCUAUUCUUAUCUUUGAUCUGAAGGAAAGGACUUUUUCAACCAUGUCUGAGCCGGAACUGGCAUGCUCCUAUGAGUCCUAUCCAGGUCUCGCCCUACUAGGGGGAUGCCUAGCCUUGUUUUAUCACAGUCGUGAUAGCUGUAGCACUGACAUAUGGGUGAUGAAAGAAUAUAAAGUGCACUCAUCUUGGACUCUCUAUCAGAUUCCUUUUCUUUUCUUUCAGCCUCUGUGCUUAUUCAAUAAUGGUGGUAUUAUUGGAGAAAUAAUUCUUUCGGAUAAAAUAAAAAAGAUAAAGUUUCUCAUGUAUAAUGUGGGAGAAGAGCUGCUCCCACGUGUUAAAUAUCUUUGUUGUGGGCUUAACAUCGGUGCAACCGAAGUUAUGUAUACAGAGAGUCUCCUGCCACUCCCUAGUGAUAUUAAGGAUAAGGAUAAUAGGAACAUGAUGAAAAACAGGAAGAGGAAGGAAAACGGUUCUAAUCAACUGUGA